ACAAUGUACACACAUACUGAAAACCAGAUAUACAAUGGUGGUUUAGGUUACUGUGAUACAAAUCUCCCCAAACUAUUGCUGUUUGUACAUGACCCCAGCUGAAUGCCUUACUAAGCUUCAUGGUGCAAAGGUUCAACCUGAAGGAAAAAUAGAAUGCAGGUUUUGGAACUCUACAUAUAAAGUCUACUUUGGCUUCUAGUUACAAAGGACUUGAACCUGAAGGAAAAAUUGGAAAAAUUGAAAAACAGGUUUGGAACUCUAUACAAAACUAGUUUACUUCAGCAUAUAGUUACUGAAGUUGAACCUGAAGGAAAAAGAAGGAUACAGACUUGGAACUGUUUCUGUGAAAGGUGGUCUGACAGGUCACGACAAUGGCACAACAACAAGAAGAGGAAGCUGAGAAAUUAAGAUUGUCCAGCGUGGAAGAGAUGCAAAUGGAUAAUCAUGAUGAGCCACAAGAUUACCACCGUGGCACCUGGACAAGGAAAUGUGACUUUCUCCUGUCUAUAGUGGGCUACUCAGUGGGUGUGUCCAAUAUAUGGCGAUUCCCCUACCUCUGUAUGAGGAAUGGCGGAGGUGCUUUUCUUAUCCCAUUUUUCUUCUUCCUGGUGUUCUGUGGGAUCCCGCUAUUCUUCAUGGAGUUAUGUCUUGGUCAGUUCUCCGGUGUCAGCUCCCUGUUUGUGUGGUCACUCUGUCCACUUUUUAAAGGUCUUGGUUACCUGAUGGUCAUUGUGUCCUUCCUAAUGUCCUGGUAUUACAUCAUGGUGCUUGUCUGGGUCAUCUACUAUCUCGUCAAUUCCUUCUUCGACCCGCUACCUUGGUCUGUCUGCACCAACUCCUGGAACACUCCAUUCUGUAUUGAGGAUCGAGGAAAGAUCAAUGCCACUAAAAGCUUUCUAAAUAACUUGACCUUGGUAGAUGGCAAUUCUUCCAUGUUAACUGGGUCCAAUUAUUCUUUUAAUGCCUCUGCUGACAGCUUUACACCAGCAACAGCAGCUAAGGAAUUCUGGCAAUUGAAUGUCCUACAGAUUUCAUCUGGCUUUGGUGAUCUCGGCGGAAUACGAUGGCAUCUAGUGUUAGCUCUAGCUGCGGCCUGGGUCCUUGUCUUCCUCUGUCUGAUGAAGGGUGUUAAAUCUGUGGGCAAGGUUGUUUAUGUUACCGCCCUUGUCCCCUAUGUAUUGUUGACGAUAUUUCUGAUCCGUGGCCUUCUGUUACCUGGAGCAGUUGAUGGUAUUCUUUUCUACCUCACUCCAGACUUUAAAAGACUUCUUGAUUUCCAGGUAUGGUUGGAGGCAGGGAUACAAGUGUUCUAUUCUCUAGGACCAGCUUGGGGAGGACUUAUAACCAUGUCUAGUUAUAACAAGUUUACAAAUAAUUGUCUCAGGGAUGCCAUUAUUGGCAGUAUGGCUGAUGCUCUUACCAGCUUCUACGGAGGGUUUGUGAUUUUCUCAGUGCUAGGGUACAUGGCGUACGAGUCUAAACUACCCAUCAAUGAAGUUGCUACCUCAGGACCUGGUCUGGCGUUGGUAGCCUACCCCGAGGCUAUCACCAAGUUACCACUCCCACAACUCUGGGCCGUCCUCUUCUUUGUCAUGUUGUUAGCUCUGGGGAUUGACAGUCAGUUUGGGACAUUUGAGACGGUGUCUAGUGGAUUGGUAGAUGCUUUUCCUCGUCUGCUGGGCAAGCGAAAGGUCUUACUGACAGCAGCGCUGUCCCUGCUGCUGUUUAUACUAGGCUUACCAUUUACCACUAAUGGUGGAAUGUACAUCUUCCAGCUAGUUGACUGGUACGCUGCUUCACUGUGUGUACUGCUUACAUGUUUCCUUGAGUGCAUCAUUGUGGGAUGGCUCUAUGGAGCAGACCGUUUCAGUAGAGAUGUAGAACUAAUGAUGGGAAGACCAGUUCCUAUUAUCAUCCGAUUGUGCUGGUGUGUCAUCACACCCCUGAUUAUGCUGAUCGCCUUCACAGCGACAAUGAUGAACUACCAGCCCCCUACCUAUGAAGGCUAUACUUAUCCAGCUAUGGCACGUGCGUUUGGCCUUUUGCUCUCUGUAAUACCCAUAAUUCCAGUUCCUGUCUUCAUGGUAUUACAAAUCGCACAAGCUAAAGGGCCAAUUGUAAAUCGUAUAUGGAAAUUAACACAGCCAACAUUGGAGUGGGGACCACACAUCAGUAAAUACAGAAAAAUGUAUCAAGCAUCCGUGUCUCCACGACUGCAGGGCCGAAAGCUUGUACAAGCCAAUCUGUUUGGUGCCAAGCAAUAACAUUUUUGUACGAAACCUUGUUCAAUCUGUGAUGGUCUGUUUAAGUUAAAGUUGUAAAAUGGUCAGUUUUCAUGAGUAUCCGGUGAUGAUCAGCAUCUGACUACCAAUAUGAUUGGUAUCUACAUUAUAUUCCCGGUAUUAUCAAUGUCUCGAGGCAGCAUUGUCUCUGUUGGUGCGUCAUCUCAGCUGUAUAUUUGUAUAACUAGUCUUUCAAAAACUGACAUUGCAGAAACAGUUUAUGAAAAUAUCAAUUCACUCUGAAGGAUCUCGUAUUAAGAGGUGACAAUGUUUGAUUAUCAUAUUUCCUGCCUGUGUAAAUUUCUAAUUCUCCUUGAUCAUGAUUGAAUCUCAAGUUCUCAAAUUAUGCUUGAAUCUCAUAUAUCCCUGAUUAUAUCUGAAUCUCCCAACUAUUUUUUAAUCUAUUACUUUUCACAUUACAGGAAUAUGUCUGAAUCUUACUCUCCUGAAUUCUUAUUUCCCAGAUAAUAUCUUGCCUCUUAUUCUCUUAACCAUGUUUGAAUCUCUUAUUCUCAAGAUCAUAAUUUGUGUCCGCCAAAUUAUAUUUAGAUCAAACGUUCACUUAUUAGCAGUUAUGGUUCUGUUGCAUGCGUUUUUUGUCUCAUACUUACUGUUUUUAUUCAGUUGAAACCGGAUUUUUUUUUAAUUGUUUCAAUUCAUUAAUUUGAAUAUGAACAUUUUUAGCUUUAUGUUGGCUGCUAGCAUGUCACAUCAGUAUGCUUUACAUUAUCAACACACCAUCUUCAGAGGAUGGGUUAUUCAAAUUGCCUUUCAUUCAUCGAGCUGGUAAUAAAGAAUUCUUGUUAUUGGUAUUUCUGGAGGAGCACUGAAUGAAUCAUUCUCAUUUCAUUUGUAAUUUUAAACUGGUCAGAAAAACAAGAUGGUCGACAGGUGUCCAUAUUGGAUUUUGACAUAGUUUGUUAUCACUAUUUCUGAAGAAGUAUUUAAUGGGUCACUCUCAAAUUUUUUGGACUGAUCAGAAAAACAAAAUGGUGGCUAGGCAACCAUCUUGGAUUUGACUAUGAAUAUAAGGUGGAAACUAGGGCAAAAUAUGAACAAGAGAAAGAUUUACACACAGAGACUCCUGGAAAAAUAGGAAAAUAAGAACAGAUGUUGAGGGUGGGUAAGCAUCUUCCUUUUUUGACAACAUCCACCAUGUAAAUCUUUGUCAAUUCAAAUUAGAUAGUUCCUAAAUGAGAACAUGAUAAACAACAAGAGAACCACCAAGGAUACUAAUGAGCAUCAAACACGUCCAGCUGCAAAUUCCAAAGGAAAUAGAAUAUUUCCCAAUAAAAUCAUAAUGACACAAAAUUUCCCCAUAAUCUUCAUCAACCUGCAUCUUUCAAAUCCUUGUUACGCGACUUCUUGCAUGACGAGAAAUCGGAUAUUCGGAAGAAGCCCUUAAAUACAAAAUCACCAUAGGUCAGGGAUGCUUUAAAUUCACAGCACUGAUAUUGAAAUCAUCACAACUAUUAUACAGCUUGAUUGAAAGCUGCCCCUGUAGGUUUUGUGGUAAGAAAAGGUUAAAGUAAGUAAUUGAUAUAGAAGAAUCUGUCCUGUCUUGAUUUUCAAUUCUAGUGAGUAUAUCUAGAGGACCGGAUGGAUCAGAAAAACAAAAUGCCGUUAGGUGGCCAUCUGAAAUUUUCACAAUGAAAGUUUAUUUUCAAUAUUCCUUCAGAAAUACUAGACAAGUUUUUCUCAAAUAUAUACGUUAUAGUUACUCUGUAGUUGUCGCCUUAUGAUUUUUGGACUGAUCAGUAAAACAAAAUAGCCUUCAAGAUGUCCAUCUUGGAUUUGAGAUCCAUAUGUUUAGGGGAAAAAAAGGUCAAGAGGAGAACAGAAUGAAUUAAUUGCAAACAAUGGUGGGUACCAAGAUGCCUCUAAAAGCUUGUUUUCUUGCCAUACUUUAGUCUUAUACUUACGAUUAUGCUUAGAAGUUUGUGACGCUGAGUAUUUUAUUACAUAUAGAGAGAAAACAGUAUUGACUGUGUUAUUAUCCAAUCAAACUUCAUGUUUUUAUUUACUACAUGUAUGAAUUGUUAUAACGCUGUUUGUAUUUGAACUGACAUGGGUUGUUUUUGACAGCUUUGGCAUAAAUUGCCAACAUAAAUUUACAUACCUAGGUUCAUUAACUUGUGCCUGCUUUACAGCUGAUGGUGAAUAUUAUGUAUAUUGUAAUGUAUAUUGUAACGUCCCCACCGAUGUCAUAUUGAAGUAAUCUUGGAAGUUUGCCAUCAGGUUGUCAUGAGAAAUCUGACACUAUUGUAAAACGUGUUUGUUUGCAAUUUUUUUUUCAGAGAAAUUUUAUUUGAAGCAAAUCUUGUGGAACAUAAGAUAGCAAGUAGCUGGAUAAUUUUUUUUUUUUUUUAAAGGAAAUCUAGGGUUUAAUUCAAAACAUACCAGUAUCCACUGCAAUACAUUUCUGAUCCAUUUCACGAAAUUUUCAAAACCAAAAAUAGCAUAAUGGCUUGUUUUGUGAUCAGGUUUAUUCUAAAGUAGUUUUCUUAUAAAUCUGUUAUUCUGUUACCGUAUUCACCCAAAUAAGGUCACAGUACACUUACAAAAACAUGAAAGGGGUGCUCUAAAUACAACCAUAUACAGGGGGAAAUUUCCAACAUUUUUUUAUUUCAUUUGAAUACCUUUAUGUUUGAUUAAAAGACUGAUGAUUGUAUUGGUAGAUCAGUAAGGAAAGAAGCUUUAGACAGGUUUUAAUAAACACACUCAUCCCCUUUUCCUGGAAAAAAUGUAGGGUGUGCUUAUAGGGGCAGGUAUGCUUAUAAGGUGGAGUAUGGUGUUGUAGUUUACUAGUUAAUGUGAUGUUCCUGAUGUUGUCUGUAAUAUCCCCAUUAAGUUUUUUAUUUUGCUUUGACAGACGAAGGAUGUAUUUUAUUUACAUUUGCAUGGGAAUGCCACUACAUAAAGUACGCAGAUAUAUCUGUGAUGGUGGAGACUUUAAAUGCGACGUCAUUAUUGUGGGCAUAGAUAUGGCGAAGGUUCAAUGUCAAAAUGGGUAUGCCAACUGACGAGUUGCAAUAUUAAUAAAUCACUUAUCUUAGUAUGAUGUUUGCCUGCUAAUCUGUUACAUUCAUUUAGACUAUAAAUGCCAUAACAUGACCUCUAGUCUAGGACUGAAUUGAUAUAAACAUCUAGUGCUGAUGUUCACUAAAUAUCUAGAUCAUAUCUAUAGAUUUCGUAUUCCACCUUAAAGAUUUAUCAAAUUCAGGACAAUCAUCUGUAGUGAUCAGUUUUGAAAAUGCUUACAUAUUUAUGUGUACAACACAUAUCAGAGAUUAUUCCUCAGUGAUUCAAUGUUUUUAUACAUGUACUUUCAUACUAGUGUUGCAUAAAACAAAUUUUUUUAAGAUUGUUAUCAAGAGCUAGAUCAAAGAAUUCUCGCUCUCUAUGCAAGUCAUUGAUUUUCAAAAUAUAACCCAAUAAACAUCCAACAUUUUUCCACCUGGUAAUAUUUGGAUACAAAAGUUAAGAUUCAUUAUUUAUUGCACCAGUAACAACAAAAUGUGUGUAGCGUUGCUUGUUUUAGAACAUACUUUCAUUUAAAUUUCACAAAACAGAAUGCAAAGAGAAAUAUUUAUGUUUUGCUAUUAAAGUAUAAUCAAAUUAGUGUAUGUACUUUUAUAGAAACCAAUAUGUACCAAAUUAUAAUCUUUCGAUUUUUUAUGUUAUUGUGGUAAAUUUGAAAAUAUCUUCACGAUUCAAGAAAUGUUAUUUAGCAAACACAUAAUAGAUUUAAAUACUGCUUCAUAGAAUUUUUGUUUGUGUAUAAAUAUACUGGAAAUUAGAACUGUAUUGUUCCAAGAAGGCAACAUAUGUUUUGAAUGAGAAGUGUUAAUAAAAUGAGCUAUUUUCAAGUAA